AUGAAUCCAUCUGUGUUUAUUGAAGACAAUUGCACGUGUAAUUCUACGGACUAUUUCAAUGAAGCAUUCAGGAGAGCGAUGCUGCAGGCAACAGCUAUUUUCAUGCUGAUUGUUGGAAUAUUCGGAUCACUUUUCAACAGUAUAUUUAUUUAUAUCUUAAUGGAACAAAACAUAAGAAAGUCACGAAACAAUAUAUAUGUCAUCGCGCUUUGUGUGGCCAGUAUAUUGAUAGCAGUCCUCAUCGUCCCGUCGCUUGGGAUCUCUUCACUUGCCUAUAACUGGGUAUUUGGGGAACAUGGAUGUAUUCUUCACGCCUUUGCCAUGACCGCUCUAGGGCUAUUUCAGAUCUUCAUUUUAACUGUUAUGUCUUUUGAGAAAUACGUCAUAAUGGCCAAGAAAAGUUGGGAACGCUUUUUAUCGAGGACGGGCACAGCUUAUACUAUUAUAGGUUGUAUGAUUCUGGGACUAUUUCUUGGAAGCUGCCCUCUCCUUGGAUGGAACUCUUAUACAUUGGAGGCGCAAAAGACGUCAUGUUCCAUCAACUGGUCUGACAGAAGUCCCUCCUCACUGUGUUUCACCUUCCUGCUUAUGCUGAUUGGCCUCGCUUGUCCCGUCUCUGUCAUGCUAUUCUCGUACAUCAAUAUUUUUCUUGUAAUACGAACUCACAGGCACCGAUUAGGUCAGACGCUACGGAACAAUGGCAAAUGCUACGAGAAUAUGUUGAAACGAGAAAUCAAGGUCAUAAAGACAAUGUUUAUCCUCGUAUGUGCUUUCAUUUUCUCCUGGCUGCCAUACUCUGCCAUUUCAUUGUACGCAGUUUUUGAUGACGUCAACACAAUCAAUCCGGUUUUGGGUAUGUUACCCGCUCUGUUUGCAAAAGCGUCCGUCAUUUGGAAUCCGAUUAUAUAUAUGUUUAUCAACCAGUCUUACAAGAAUGUACUAAAAGAGAAAGUAUCUAAGUAUACCCCAGCUACGUGUACCAGUUGCCAGUGUAUAUGUAUAAGAGGCGACAACACAGCGACCGUGACUGAUGCAGCCAACGCUGUCAAUGGUAGUUUCAUCAUAGCUUACCAUGAAUGACAAUUAAUGACAAUUUAGUUCUACCCAUGGACGUAUUGUAUUAUAUACGAACCCGCUUUUAGUCAUGAAUGACACUCAAUUCAAAAAGAAAAUAUAUAUAUAUAUAUAUUAUAUAGAUUCAUUGUGAUCUACAAUAGACUAAAUCUGUCUCUAUGAAAACCGGUGUUGAAACCUGCAAUGUACUUCUACAGAAACAGACUUUUUUAAUAUGCCACGGUCUCAUGGCUUACCGUCGAUUAAAUGCUUGAGAAAGAUAUUGAUACGAUCAUUGUCAGUAAAAUUAUGUAAAAGUGCUUCGCAAACAUCAUAUUGAUAGUUUACAUGCAGGUAUAUAUCAUACGUAAUUAUUGAAACCAUAAAUUAGGCUCUGUUUUAUAGUGUAUAAACAAAACAAGAAGACACAGUUUAGUCCAUUGUGACUAAUUAUAAUUAAUACUAAAAACCUUUUCUCAAUGAUUAAAGUAUAUAUGUUUGUUACUUAAAUUAUCCUGAAGGGAUUGGGAUACUUGUGAUUUUACUUUCCAGUCGUGUGUCGUAAGUCAUGUCUUCUCUUUAAACAGAAUUUUAGAU